CAAUGUCUUUCGGCACUCGAAAUAAAGAACGUUUCUGCUCGGUUCUACUGCCGGUCUUGCAAUUCGGUACCGCACACCAUUUCGUCAUUUCAAUAAACGUUUCGAUAACUUUUGUAGUCAAUAACCGCUUUUCAAUAAGAGUCACGAACACACGUGGGUUCUUAUCUCCGGUUUUUCAGGUUAUAUUUAUCUGCGGACAUCGAUGACAGCGACGAGUAGUGGUUAUGCUAGAAACUAAAUGUGUCUUCAAAAAGCGGCCAUACUCCCACCACUGAAAUUAGAGGUAGUUUCCAGACCUGUAUGUAAGACCGUGGUCCUGUCCCGCGAAGGCGCUUGGAAACGUCAAAACAGGAACAUAACCUCCCCCCGGCACGUCAGCGGGAGCGACGACUUUCAGCGGCUCACGAAAUAGACGAGGAAACUAUGUUCAUAGUCACAAAGGAGAUCGACAGCGAGAACAUCAGUAAAUUGUGUCGCACGUGUCUGCGGGAAGACGGCGACAGAAUGGUGUGCCUGUUCGUAGGCCCCGCUGGUUCCUCGCUCGCCGCUAAGCUGCGAUCUCUCUCGUGCUUGGAAGUCUGGCAAGGGGACGGUUUGCCCGAAAAGAUGUGCGACCGCUGCGUCACCAGAGCGGAAUCGGCUCUUUUGUACAGGGAACAGUGUCGCGCGGCGGACAAGGCCCUGAGGCAGGCGGCGUUGAAGGUAUCUGGACUGACGUCGUACACCACCGUCUCUGGCUGCAAGCUCUAUCAGAAUCAGCAGAAUCAGGGAUUCGUGCCCGUGCAAAAUUCCCACAAGACGUUGAAGUGCGUCGAGUGCGGCGCCGUGUUCACGACCUACCAAGAACUCUGUACUCACAACCGACUGCACUUACCGUUUGUCCAGGAUAACAUGCCUGUGCAGCAUAUGCACAUCGUCGAGUCGCAGAAUCCUUAUCUCAACUUCAGUCAUGUAGGAUCGAGCUUCACUAACGACAGCAUUGCGAGUACGCAGCUAUCUCCGCUGGUCAGAUCAAACAUGAUGCACAGCGUGUCGUUGAGCGAAGAGAAUUCGAGCCGAGCUGCCUGCGCCUUGCACUGCUCCUUGUGCAAUCACACCUUUACCAAUAGAAGGCAGUUAAUAAGCCAUAACAUAACGCACGGCACGGAGAGCGUCGACAUAUCGUGCGACAACGAGAACAUAGAGAUUUGCGACAACUCGAAUCACAUCCCGCAAAAUCUAAGCUACGAGCGAUCCAUCCACUCCGUCGACAAUCCAAUCCAGAAUCUGUCGUACCCAAGAUCCACCGUCGACGAAAACGACGGGAUGCAGAACAUAAAUUUCCCGGAGAACAUCGAUCUGGACGGCGUCCAGGAGAGUAGCUCGGAACGCAUGCAGGGCGUAGCGAUUCACUCCGAGAACGACGCGUCGAUCGCGGAAAAUUUGAGAUUUAUGAAGGCGCCUGAGAAGGACAGACAGCUCGUAGUCGAUUAUCACGGAUGUUCAGCUAACGAUAAUUACAAGCAAUCGUUGGAUGUAAAAGGCGCGGAGGAUGCUCACGCGAAGAAGCACCAGUGCGAAAUGUGCCCGAAACAAUUUUCGCAGAGGUCGAAAUUAUUCGCUCAUCGGCUCUCCCAUUCUGGUCAGCAACCGUUCAAGUGCCCGAGCUGCGGCAAGGCGUACGCGUCGAAGAGCAAACUCAACGCGCACGUGAGACUGCACACGAAGAUUAACGUGCAUCAGUGUAAGGUAUGUGACAAAAUAUUUUCGUACCCGUCGUACUUGGAGGAGCACGUGAAGGUUCACAAUAAAAGUGGCAGUACCCCGCAGAGCAAGGAUUACGAAUGCGGCAGCUGCAACAAGCGUUUUCGGCUUUUGAAAAAUUUAAAAGCACACGAGAAAUUCCACACCGGCAAAGGGUUGGUGCAAUGCGAGAUUUGCGACAAGCAGUUCAGUCAUAAUUACAAUUUGAAGAUGCACUUGCGAACGCACAAGACGUCGAAGGUGCACAAGUGCGAGUAUUGCGACAAGCGUUUCGUGCAGAAAGGUAAUCUGGUCGAACACUUGCGCGUCCACACGAAAGUUAAACCCUUCGCGUGUAAGUUGUGCGGCAAAAGAUUCGCGCAGUCGAGUCACCUGAAAAGCCACGAAGCCUCGCACGGGACGCUGAGGCAACAUCAGUGUCGGUUGUGCGGGAAAAGGUUCAAGCUGGCUAAUCAUUUAAAACGGCACUUGAAUCUGCACACUGGUACAAAGACGUAUAAAUGUAAUCAGUGUAAUCAGAUGUUCUCGCAAUCUUUCAGUCUGACGAGGCAUUUGAAGAAACACAACGAGUCGCAUGUAUAAACUGUAAUUUAUGUACAUACAAACGUGUAAAUAUUGCAAAUACAUGUUUUCUAAUUAGAAAA